UACUCUCCAGCAAUAUAAUUCCGUUUCCUCAGUCCGGUGUACUGGGCUGAAAGUCCAUCGACUCUAUACUAUACAGAAACAUUUCAUCUCUUAUCUUUUUCUUGAAAUAGAUAUGUUCUCCAAAUGACGCCUGAACUGAAACACCUGAACUAUCAAUGAGGCUUUCACUUGUGAAGCGAUUUUAGAAAUCCUUUAUGGCGCUACAGCUUCAUAGGUUGUUCGCCACAAGUUACUUACACGAGAAACUUUCCAGUCCAUCUCGCCUUCUCUUCAUGUCUCAAUACAGGGGACUUCAGAAUUACCCAAGUACUUGCAUGCCAUGUUCACCAUUUGGUGAUGGUUAUAAAUAUGGAAAACUCGUUCAGAUUAAAUUCAGAAUGGCUAGGGAGCCUCUCAGGAUUGCUACAGAUCGAUUAAAAGAAUUAAGCUUCAAGUUUAAACGAGAUUCCUUUCUUUUGGGGAGUGUUACUGAUGGGUGCAGGCAUGAGGCGCCUGUUACUUUUCAGUCUUACUUAAGAGAUGGGUUUCCAUAUACCAUGAAAGCCAGGAACAUUUUCUCCAAUAGAUGUUUAGAUGGUAAUUUUAGAUUGAGUUCAUCUUCUCGUCAAUGUGCUGUUAGAAGGUUUUCUUCGGUUCAUGCUAAGCAAAAAGCCCACCUUUCAAGAACGACGACAAAUAGAAAUGAUAAUGUGUCUGGGGGAGAUGCAAAGUUUAGAGGCAAACAAUUUUACUUCAAACAUAUUCAUAGGUUUCAGAAGCAGGCAAAGCCAUUUGCUGUUUGCAGCAGUGGUUCUAAUGGAGGUGUAGAGGUUGGAGUUUCCAGUAAGCCUGUCAAAAAGCGCUCCUCUAGUGCUAAGAAAUUGGCUGUUAAAACUACAGAUAUGGUGAAUCUCAAAGAGGAGUUAAGUGGAGAUGGGAUCAAGGAAGGAGCAUCAGAAUCAUCUGUUUCAACUUCAGUUAAGAGUGACAGUAAUAACCCACAAACCAGAACUAAAGGGAAAAAGAAACAGCAGCUGGCAAGUAAGAAAGAUGAUGGACAAUUUUCUGGAACUAAUUUGUCUUCUGGUGUGGCACAGUCCAAGGGUUCUAAAAGUGCAUCUCAAAUAAAGAAGUCUAAUGCCAAAGCUCUCCAAUCCUCUCAGGCUUCUGAAAUUCUUCCAGUUGGAGAGACACCCUUGGCAGAAAAUACUUCCUCUACAGACAACCUGUCCAAGAAGACAACAAAGAACUCUACUGGCAGGGAUAAACCUGAAAAAAAAGGUAGAGUGGUGAAAUCAAGUAAGGCCCUCUCAGAAAAGAGCAAAAGUGCACAGAAAAUUUCCUCUAGUACUGAGUUGCCACAGGCGCAAAAAAUGGAGGGUAAAAUAAAGUCUUAUGCAAGGACUUUCAGGCCAUUACAUCCUCCCACAGGCAAAUCUGUUGUUGUGGUAGAGUCUGUUACGAAAGCAAAGGUUAUUCAGGACUACCUUGGGCAUAUGUUUGAAGUCCUGCCUAGCUAUGGUCAUGUAAGGGACUUAGCUGGUCGGUCAGGAUCUGUGCGGCCUGAUGAUGACUUCAGCAUGGUGUGGGAGGUUCCAUCUGCUGCUUGGACUCAUCUUAAGAGUAUUAAGGUUGCACUGAAUGGAGCAGAAAAUCUUAUCCUUGCUUCUGAUCCUGAUCGUGAAGGAGAGGCAAUUGCUUGGCACAUUACUGAGAUGUUGCAACAACAAGGUGCAUUACAUGGUGACAUUACAGUAGCAAGGGUUGUCUUUCAUGAAAUAACUGAGUUGUCCAUCAAGAGUGCUCUUCAGGCUCCACGAGAUAUUGAUGCAAACUUGGUUCAUGCUUAUCUUGCACGACGUGCUCUUGAUUAUUUGAUUGGGUUCAGCAUAUCACCACUAUUAUGGAGGAAAUUACCUGCUUGCCAGUCAGCUGGGCGUGUUCAAUCUGCAGCUUUAUCCCUCAUAUGUGAUAGAGAAAUGGAAAUAGAAGAAUUUAAACCACAGGAAUAUUGGACUGUAGAAGUAGAGUUUAACAAAAGGGAACUAGGUUCCUUGGAAAAUGUCUCUUCUUUCUCAUCACACUUGACCUAUUUUGAUCUAAAAAAACUGGGACAGCUCUCCAUUGGCUCUUUUGCAGAGGCAAAGUUAAUUGAACAGAAGAUUACAUCAUCCACAUUUGAGGUGCUGCGCUCUAAAAGAAGCAAAAUGCGGAAAAAUCCCCCACCACCUUAUAUAACAUCAACACUUCAGCAGGAUGCUGCAAAUAAAUUUUGCUUUACAGCCACAUACACAAUGAAGCUGGCUCAGAAACUGUAUGAAGGAGUUAAACUAUCAAAUGACGAGGCGACGGGAUUGAUAACAUAUAUGCGAACAGAUGGUCUAAAUGUUUCUAAUGAAGCUGCAAAGGACAUUCAAGCCUUGGUCAGAGAAAGGUAUGGGCAGGGUUUCGCAUCAGAAAUUACUCGAGUGUACUUUAAGAAGGUGAAGAAUGCUCAAGAGGCCCAUGAAGCAAUUAGGCCCACAGAUAUCUGGAGGUUACCAUCUAAAUUGGCAGGAGUACUUGAUGAGGAUUCCUUGAAGUUAUACACUCUUAUAUGGGCUCGAGCAAUGGCUUGCCAAAUGGAACCCACUGUCAUCGAUCAGAUACAAAUUGAUAUUGGAACUGCUGAUGAAUCUAUUGUUCUUCGAUCGACAUGUUCAAGAGUUGAGUUUCCUGGAUAUCAAGCAGUUUACAAGGAUGAGGAGACUGCAAUAAUCACCCGCAAUGAGGAUGGUAAUGGUGAUGAUGCUCGUAAUGAAGCUUUUAAGGCCCUCUGUUCUCUUAAGUCAGGAGAUCCAUUGCAUCAUGUUAAGGUAGGACUUAUGCAGCACUUUACACAGCCUCCUCCACGCUAUUCUGAGGGUUCCUUGGUUAAAAAGCUGGAGGAACUUGGUAUUGGAAGACCUUCUACUUAUGCAACCACUCUGAAAGUUCUACAGGACAGGAGCUAUGUGACAGUGAAGAGUCGAGUAUUAUAUCCUGAAUUUCGUGGUCGCAUGGUGUCGGCUUUUCUUUCUCACUAUUUCUCUGAGGUGACAGACUAUAAUUUCACUGCUGAUAUGGAAACUGAGCUUGAUAAUGUCUCUGUUGGGGUGACUGAAUGGAAGGGGCUGCUAAAAGAUUAUUGGACACGAUUUAGCAUGUAUUGUGAUCGUGCAGCUAACGUCAGUACACGGCAGGUUGAGAAAAUGUUAGAGGAAAAGUUUGGAGAUUUCUUGUUUUCUUCUCCUCCUGAUAAAAGCAGGGAAUGCCCUAGUUGUUUGACAGGCACUUUGGUCUUCAAGGUGAGUAGGUUCGGUGAAGGCUAUUUUAUUGGUUGUGAUCAACACCCUAAAUGCAAGUACAUUGCUAAGAUGAUAUAUGGAGAUGAUGAAGAGGAGGUUACUCCUCAGAAGCAAGACAUGUUUGCUGAGCCAAAAUUGCUUGGUCUUAACCCUGGUUCUAAUGAAAAGGUUCUUUUGAAGAAUGGUCCUUAUGGGUUCUAUGUUCAGCUUGGCGAAGAUAGGAAAGGUUAUGUACCAAAACGAGCCUCUGUUUCCCAGAUAAAGGAUGUAGAAUCCAUCACCUUAGAACAUGCUCUUGAGCUGCUGCGCUAUCCUGUAUUAUUGGGGAACCAUCCAGAUGAUGACCAACCAGUGUAUUUAAGACUUGCAAGAUUUGGGUUUUCAAUUAAACAUCGACGAACAAUUGCGCCGGUGCCUAAGAAUACAAAUCCAAAGGACAUCACUCUGGAAAAAGCAUUGAAGUUUUUAUUAAGUAAAGACGCAAAACGCUGUGGCCGGCCCAAGAGUAAGCCAAAGGUCGAAGAAGCCGUGGAAGCUAUUUAGAGUUGAUAAGCAAUGGUGGGUACGUAGUUUGUUUGGAUGAUAUGCAUUUUAUUAAGCCCACAUUGCUUGACGGAGGUUCAUGCAUUUUUUAUACCAUUGAAUCAUGCGUUGAGCAUAGGCAAUCUCUCAAGUUGGCAAUCGGAUAUUUUUUCAUCAAUGGAAGGGUGAGAUGUAUAUAGUAUCAUUGAUUUUGUUGUAAAUCCAAGCCAAUUUUGUAUACAACUUUGCGCCCGUUUUAGUAUCAUGUUACUUUUGCAAGGAAAUAGAAUGCUGGGCAUGUUAAACCAAUUGUAUGAUUGUACUUUACUUUUAAUGACAUAACUUAGGAUCAGGAAGAAAAGAUGUGAUAGCUCAUUCUGAAAAGUUUAUGUAUAAUUUGAUUUCAAUAAUGAAAUAGAUAUGGUAAAUUUGAGUUACAUGACAA